AUGGUUGGUUUGGAAUCAGGGUUUUUGGCCGACUCCCCUAGGUAUUAUCGUGCACCCGAACUACUCUUUGGAGCCCAGCUUUACACAUGUGCAAUCGAUACUUGGAGCGCUGGUUGUGUUCUCGCUGAAAUGCUCCGACAACAUUGUCUUUUUAUGGGUGGUGACUCAGUUGAUCAACUUGUUAAAGUGAUCAGGGUUCUCGGGACACCAACCACGCAAGACAUUGAAAGUAUGAAUCCUAUGUAUGGCUCAUACAACUUCCCGGAAGUUCAAUCCUGUCCAGUCAAACUGUUCUUUCCUCAGCACACACCGUCAGAUUUACUUGCUCUUAUGAGCAAAAUGCUAGUCUACAACCCUACCCGGCGUAUCUCGCCAUCAGAUGCCCUUGGUGAGCCUUGUUUUGACGAGCUUCGUGAACUAGGCCCAAACGGUGUGUUGCCAAAUCGUGUCAGAAUGCCUCCCCAUCUGUUCGACCCUAAUCCACCUCCAUCUGCACCGUCAGCAACAACACCCUCCGUCCCACCACCCCAUGAGCUUAAUUCGAUCACCGGUGCUCAUGGUUGGCCGGCACAGGACCCACGGCAUUGGCAUGGCUCCGGCAACAAAAAGUUUGGCGAUUUGAGUGGAUCAGACAAAAAAGGUAAU